ACGUUACGAAGUUUCAAGCUGACCAUAGCUCCCGCCCGCCCAAUCAUCACGUAGCUUGCUGUACCUACCCAUUACCAGGAAAAGUGCAAACGUAACUUCUGUGUCUCAAAUGCUUUGCCAACUCUGACCGCUUCGUCUUCAUUACUUCCUCCUUUCUUGCACGUCAUAAUCCCGUGUUUCAAAAGUCUUUUCACCUUCAAUCCUCUUGAAUCACUACUUUGUUGCCCGUUGUACUAUUCUUUCCUCCACCAGCCAGAAUAUUCAACAUGGUCAACCUUCAGAGCGUCAAGCCAGACCCUCAAAAGGGCAAGGGCGUCCCAGACCGUAGAGCGUCAGUGGUCCCAGGCCUUGAACACAUCUCGCUGGAAGCACCUGGAGAGGAUGAGUUCUCCACCAGUGUCUAUGGCUCCAAGUUUGCCGCAGAAGAUCUCCCCAGCCACGAGAUGCCCGAGAGAGAGAUGCCAAAGGAGGUUGCAUACCGCAUGAUCAAGGAUGAGCUCAGUCUCGAUGGUAACCCAAUGCUGAACCUUGCGAGCUUCGUCACUACGUUCAUGGAACCAGAGGCGGAACAGCUUAUGACUGAAGCCUUCUCCAAGAACUUCAUUGAUUACGAAGAAUACCCUCAGACUGCCGAGAUUCAGAACCGAUGCGUCAACAUGAUCGCCCGCCUCUUCAACGCCCCAGAGUCCGAGGAUGGAUCCAAUGCAAUGGGUACCUCGACUAUCGGCUCCAGCGAGGCCAUCAUGUUGAGCGUUCUUGCCAUGAAGAAGAAAUGGCAAAACAAGCGGAAAGCUGAAGGAAAAGAUGCUAGCAAGCCAAACAUUGUCAUGAACAGCGCAGUCCAAGUUUGCUGGGAAAAGGCUGCCCGCUACUUCGAAGUCGAGGAGAAAUACGUCUACUGUACCAGUACCCGCUAUGUCAUGGACCCUGAAGAAGCUGUCAACCUCGUCGACGAGAACACUAUCGGCAUCUGUAGCGUUCUCGGUCUCACUUACACCGGUGAAUACGAAGACACCAAGAAGAUCAAUGACCUGCUUGUUGCCAAGAAUAUCGACUGCCCCAUCCACGUCGACGCUGCUUCUGGUGGCUUCGUGGUUCCUUUCGUCGACCCGAACCUGAUGUGGGACUUCCGUCUAGAAAAGGUGGUCAGCAUCAAUGUCUCGGGUCACAAAUAUGGCUUGGUAUAUCCUGGUGUCGGCUGGACCGUUUGGAGAUCACCGGAGUUUUUGCCUAAAGAACUGAUCUUCAACAUCAACUACUUGGGCGCCGAUCAGGCAUCAUUCACUCUAAACUUCAGCAAGGGUGCCAGCCAUGUCAUCGCCCAAUACUACCAAAUGAUCCGUCUCGGCAAGCGUGGGUACCGCAGCAUCAUGGCCAACCUCACUCGCACAUCGGACUAUCUCGCUGCUCAGGUGAAGGCUUUGGGAUUCAUCGUCAUGUCUCCAGGAGGUGGCCGUUCUCUGCCUGUGGUUGCCUUCCGUCUGGACCCUGAGCAUGGUCAGCUCUAUGAUGAGUUUGCCAUUGCUCAUCAGCUCCGUGAACGUGGAUGGGUCGUCCCAGCCUACACCAUGGCCCCACACAGUGAAGGUCUCAAGAUGAUGCGUGUUGUCGUUCGUGAGGACUUCAGCAAGCAGCGCUGUGACAGCCUCGUCGCCGACCUGAAAGCGGCACUACAAGUGCUCGGAGAGAUGGAUAAGAAGACAAUGGAGCGUUACCAAGAGCACAUCGUCAAGAACACAUCAAGAGGUAAGCACGCCAAGGGUACCAAAAACCCCUACAAGGAUGAGAAGCACUCGCUUCAAGGCAAACAUGGCAAGAGCCACCCAGUGUGCUAGAUCAUGCCCUGCCGUUUGUGAUUCAGGUGGGCUGUUAAAGACGGGUGUCGGAACACCAAAACUUGGGAAGAUGUGCAAAUGCUGGACCCGUAGCUCAUGC